AUGCUCAGGGUCGGACACCUGCUGCUGUUGCUGCUCUUCAGGGGACCCCUAAUCAAUGCUUCCUGCCUUACAGGUGCCCGGACUGGAGAUGCCACAGACUCCGACUCCGAGGAUAACCUGCAAUCCUCUCCAGAAAAGGGUUGGUGCUCCAUGUGGGGAGCUGGCCACUUUUCCACCUUUGAUGGCCAUCAGUAUAAUUUCAAAGGGAUGUGUAAUUAUGUCUUUACGGCCACCUGCGGGGAUGACUUGCCCACCACCUUUAGCAUCCAGUUGCGGAGAGAUGGGGAUGGGAACAUCUCCCGGAUCAUCAUAGAACUGGGAGCCUCUGUGGUUACUGUGAACAAAGAAACCAUCUCUGUCAGGGACAUUGGGGUUGUUAGCCUGCCCUACACCAGCAAUGGCCUCCAGAUCACACCAUACGGCCAGAGCGUGCAGCUGGUGGCCAAGCAGCUGGAGCUGGAGCUAGUCAUCAUGUGGGGUCCAGACGCCCACCUUAUGGUCCUGGUAGAGAAGAAGUACAUGGGCAAGCUAUGUGGACUGUGUGGGAACUUUGAUGGAAAGAUAGACAAUGAAUUUCUCAGUGAGGAUGGCAAACUUCUGGAACCCCAUAAGUACGCUACACUUCAGAAGCUAGAUGACCCCAAUGAGAUCUGUGCCCAUGAAGCUAUCCCCAGUCCCAGCAUCCUGAAGACCAGAUACGCACAUAUCUGCAACCAGUUACUGACCCUGGUGUCCCCUGGGUGUGACGUGCCAAAGGAGACACUGAUGUUGAGCUGCCAGGAAGACAUGGCUGACUGUGCCCAGCCAGGCCAGCCCAACUGCAGCUGCGCCACACUGUCUGAGUACUCCCGCCGAUGCAGCAUGGCUGGCCAGCCUGUCCGAAACUGGAGGACCCCCAGCCUCUGCCCCAUGAGCCAGUGCCCGGCCAACCAAGUGUACCAGGAGUGUGGUGAGGUCUGCGUCAAGACUUGCUCCAACCCACAGCACAGCUGCUCCAGCUUCUGCACCUUCGGCUGCUUCUGCCCCCAUGGUACACUGCUUGACGAUAUAUCUGGAAACCACUCCUGUGUGCCAGUCAACCAGUGCCCUUGCAUGCUCAAUGGUAUGGUCUAUGGCCCGGGGGAGAUCACAAGGACAGCUUGCCAAACCUGCCAGUGUACCAUGGGCCACUGGACCUGUACAAAGCAGCCGUGUCCUGGCCACUGCUCCCUAGAAGGUGGUUCCUUUGUCACAACAUUCGACGCCAGACCCUACCGUUUCCAUGGCACCUGUACCUACACUCUUCUCCAGAGCCCACAGCUUCCCAAUGAAGGCACCCUCAUGGCUGUGUAUGACAAGUCGGGUUACUCGCACUCAGAGACCUCCUUAGAGUCCAUCAUCUACCUGUCCAAGAAGGACAAAAUUGUCAUCUCAGAGGAUGAAGUGAUCACCAACAACGGGGACACCAAAUUGCUGCCAUACAAGACACACAACAUCACCAUCUUCAGGCAGACAUCUACCCACCUCCAGAUGGCUACCACCUUCGGGCUACAAAUUAUGUUCCAGAUGCAGCCUGUCUUCCAGGCGUACAUCACAGUCGGGCCCCAGUUCAAAGGCCAGACCAGAGGGCUCUGCGGAAAUUUCAACGGAGACACGACAGAUGACUUCACAACCAGCAUGGGUAUUGACGAAGGCACUGCCUCACUCUUUGUGGAUUCCUGGCGUGCGGGGAACUGUCCAGCUGCCCUAGAGCGUGAGACGGACCCCUGCUCCAUGAGCCAGCUCAACAAGGUGUGUGCAGAGACCCACUGUUCCAUGCUGCUGAAGAAAGGCAGUGUGUUUGAGAAGUGCCACAAUGUGGUGAACCCCCAGCCCUUCUACAAGAGAUGUGUGUACCAGGCCUGCAACUAUGAGGAGACCUUCCCUCACAUCUGUUCUGCGCUGGGGGCCUAUGCCCAUGCCUGCUCCUCCCGUGGCGUCCUGCUCUGGGGCUGGAGGAACAGUGUGGACAACUGCACUGUGCCGUGCUCUGGCAACCGUACAUUCAGCUAUGAUAGCAAGGCCUGUGACCGUACCUGCCUGUCUCUGUCGGACCGUGAGACAGAGUGUCACGCGAGUCCUGUGCCGGUGGAUGGCUGCAACUGUCCUGAGGGCACCUACCUGAACCACAAGGCAGAAUGUGUGCACAAAACCCAGUGUCCCUGUCUGCUGGACAGCCACAAGUUUGUCCAGGCUGAUCAGUCAACCAUGAUCAACGGGGUCAUAUGCUACUGCAUCAAUGGGCGUCUGAGCUGUCCACGGCAAGCAGAGAUGUUCUUUGCAUCCUGCCCAGAGCCCAAGACCUUCCAGUCCUGCAGCCAGUCGUCAGAGGACAAGUUUGGAGCUGCAUGUGCCCCCACGUGCCAGAUGCUGGCCACAGGCACUGCCUGUGUACCCACCAAGUGCGAAUCCGGCUGCGUCUGUCCUAAGGGACUCUAUGAAAACAGUGACGGGCAGUGUGUGCCCGCAGAGGAAUGCCCAUGUGACUAUGCAGGGACAUCCUACCCUGGUGGUUCUGAGCUCCAUACAGACUGUAAGACCUGCACCUGCUCGCAGGGAAGGUGGACCUGCCAGCUUAGCACCCAGUGUCCAUCCACCUGUGUCCUCUACGGCGAAGGCCACAUCAUAACUUUUGAUGGACAACGCUUUGUGUUUGACGGCAACUGCGAAUACACGCUGGCCACGGAUGACUGUGGUGCCAACAGCUCACAGCCUACCUUCAAGGUCCUGACAGAGAACGUCAUCUGUGGGAAGUCGGGGGUCACCUGCUCCAGAGCCAUCAAGAUCUCCCUAGGUGGGCUAUCCAUCACAAUGGCAGACGGUAACUACACAGUCAGUGGGGAAGAACCCCUGGUGCAUCUACAAGUGAAGCCUAGCCCCCUGAAUCUUGUGCUGGACAUAGACAUCCCUGGAAGGCUCAACCUGACACUUAUGUGGAACAAGCACAUGAGUGUCUCUAUGAAGAUCCGCCGUGAGACCCAGGACCCCCUCUGUGGCUUGUGUGGCAACUCCAAUGGGAACAUGAAAGAUGACUUCGAAACACGCAGCAAGUAUGUGGCGUCCAAUGAGCUGGAGUUUGUGAACUCGUGGAAGGAAAGCCCACUGUGUGGGGAUGCAAGUUACGCGGUGGAUCCCUGCAGCCUGAAUACCUUCCGGCGCUCGUGGGCUGAGCGCAAAUGCAACAUUAUCAACAGCCAGACCUUUGCCGCUUGCCACAGCAAGGUAUACCACCUGCCCUACUAUGAGGCCUGCGUGCAUGAUGCCUGUGGGUGCGACACAGGCGGGGACUGCGAGUGUCUGUGUGAUGCAGUGGCUGCCUAUGCCAAGGCCUGUCUGGACAAGGGCGUGUGUGUGGACUGGAGGACCCCAGACUUCUGCCCCAUCUACUGUGACUUCUACAACACCCACACACUGGUGGGUGACAAUGGAUACCAGAUAGCUCAGCACAACUGCACGUGGCACUACCAGCCCUGUCUCUGCCCUGGCAGCCUGGGAAGCUUCCCGGAUACAAACACUGAAGGCUGUUACAACUGCUCCCAGAAUGAGUACUUCGACCACAAAGAAGGGACCUGUGUACCCUGUGCACCACCUACUACCACACCACCACCAACCACCACAGGUUCACAGCCUACUACUGCAACCCCCAUCAGCACCGAGUUCCACAGUUCCAGCUCUACAAGCACACCUGUGGGCCCCUCCUACUUGCCAGGUCUUCCAACCCCACCGCCUUCAGCCCCAUCCUCCACUGAGGAAGGAACAGACUGGACCACUCCAAAGAAAUCCACAGUCUCCUCAGGAGAAUACCCCCAAACCACUGUGGCUACCAGACCACUGACAUCACCUUUGUCUCCUACGUCUAUACCGAAGUCAACACCCACAAGGCCCACAGUGACAGAGGCAACAUCCAAACCCACAGCAUCUUCCCUCAGCUCAUCCACAAAGACCACAGCCGAGUUCACAGAGAGUACCACAGUGACACUGCUAACCUCAGUAAUGACUGGGAUGUCUACCAGCCAAGUGACGCAGACUUCUGAGGCCUCCUGGUACCAGCCCACUGCCCACAUCUGUGUUCCUGAGCCGCAGUACUACUCCCAGUGGAAGCUCCUCUCCUUCUACCCCAACAUCGCCCUCCAAUCUGGGCUCCUCGGUCUCCUCACCACCCGCAGAUCCUGGGGCCUGCAGCUUGCAAGAAGAGGAGCACCAGAUUACCUACCAGGGCUGUGUGGCAAAUGUGACUCUAACUCGUUGCCAGGGUUUCUGUGCCUCCUCUGUCAGUAUCAAUAUGGACACCCUGCAGCUGGAGACCAGCUGUGGCUGCUGUCAGCCCCUUAGUACCUACAAGAAGCAACUCUUGCUGCCCUGCCCAGAUCCCAAUGCACCAGGUCAGCAGCUCACACUCACUCUCCAAGUGUUCAGCAGCUGUGUAUGCAGUUCCCUGCAAUGCAAGAACUGAACAGCACCAACUAGCCUCUGGGUACAAGAAAAUGCUAUUCUCAUUACCUCCCCAACACUGGUAACAUGCAAACCCUUUAUUGGCCAGGGGCAUGGCCUCCAAGAGACAUUGACCACGUUUCAUCCUGAGGUAGCUACAGAGAAAUAGCUGUCAUGCAGAGCCUCCUACCAUCGUCUCCUGUACACCUUGACCAAGCAAAACAGGCCUUAUGGUGGAAAUAAAGUGGCAUCCCUUCAAUCUUGAUGCAUUGGACAUUUCCUGUCUGCCUGCACAGCAGCACCUCCCGGCCUCUGGCUAUAUUGCCCAAGACAUCAGAGCACAGAAGCAGAUGCUAAGACUGCAGGACACCUGGAGA